CUCAGUUGCGUGAGCGUGUUGAGUAGGUGGUGGCCAAAGUUGAAUGGAUUGCUUUGGGUAUUGCGCAGCCUUAUGACAUGAUCUGGAAAAAAGUGAGUUGUCUUUAAGGCCCUGCUCCUGACCGUGGGGUUCAGGCCAUCCUGACAGGAUGAUGCGCAGGUCCAGGAUCAGCGUGCGGCCCAACGUGAGGCCUGGCGGUCGGGGCCCGGCGUCUACCGGGGAGGAGGGCAAGCCGGCGCUUGGGUCCACGGCCGAGGACGUGGUCCGGACCGCCCCGUCGCAGCAGCCGGUGGAAAACGGCGAGGAGACCGCCGCCGGCUCGACCUCCGCCCCGGAUGCGGCGCCAGAGACUUCCUCUGGUAGCUUGGAGCAGACCACUCAAAAUGGGGAGACCUCUAGUGCCUGCACCCCUGUGGCCACCUCUCUACCGAGGAGGAAACGUGUUUCUGCCAUGCCCAACCUGGCAAAGCCCAGGGUCGCUCCAGGGGCCGCGCAUCCCUCUGUAAAUGCGACCGGUUCCACUGGCCGUGCACUUGCGAAGCUGCGAUCCGAUCCGCAGGGUCCUGCCCUGCUGCCGGAGGACCAGGCGCAAGCAGGGAGCGGUGCCCCACGUGGUCUGAGGUCCCCGGACCGGCCAACAACAUCUGGUGGGGCGAGGCAGUCCAGAACACAGGAGACGCCUGGCUCUACAUUGUCAGUUCUCCCUGGGGUUGCUCCUAAGAGUGGAGCUCCUUCUCAAGGGGAGAAAAAUGACAGAACCACACCGUUGCACUCCAGCCGGUCUACUGACCUGGCAGCCGUGACUCAGCAAAAUGUAAAAAACACCAAGACCCCCACCCAAGUGCCUUCUGUGGUCCUUCCAAAGGUGUCACAAGGCAGCACUUUAUCAGAGAAGGCCUUACCCUCAACUUCCACCGAGGCCUUGAAAGGGCUGCACGUUUCCUCAGACCGACAGAAGAUACUGAAAGCCCGCAGGCUGAAGGAGCUAAUGAAGCAGGAGAUGAAGAAGGAGAGGGAAAAGGAGAGGAAAAAGAGCAGCAAGCCUCAGGUUUUUGAAUUCCAAACCCCUCUAGACACUAGCAAGAUGACCAUGAGGGAUCUCAUCUACUACCUGCCGCCAUCCAAUCCAAUGAAAUCUCAGCUGGUGAAUAACUGUCCAGAGAACGGGAACCCUGCACCACCCAGAGAUGAGCUUCCUGAAAGAAUUGAGAUGGGACUUGAAGAGGAAGAUGACAAUGGUGAGGAUGAAGCUGAAGAGGAGCAGGAGCUGAUGGUGCCCAGGGUGAAGGUGGCUGAAGAUGGUUCCUUGAUUAUUGAUGAAAACAGUUUAACUGUGCAAGUCCAGAGAAGUAAAGGCCCCGCGAUAGUGGAGAACACUGAUCCAGUCUUUGAGCGUGGUUCCACUACUACCUAUUCAAGCUUCAGGAAACUCAAAUACACAAAGCACUGGUCAGAUAAAGAGACUGACAUGUUCUUCCUAGCUAUCAGCAUGGUGGGAACUGAUUUCUCAAUGAUAGGUCAGCUCUUCCCCCAUCGUGCUCGGACUGAGAUCAAGAACAAAUUCAAAAAAGAAGAGAGAGCAAAUGGUUGGAGGAUUGACAAAGCUUUCCGAGAAAAGCGGCCAUAUGAUCAGGAAUUUUUCAGCAUGUUGCUGGAGAAGAUCUUGGCUGCCGACCAAAUGAAGAAAAAUAAAAAUAAUAGAAACUCUGCGAAAAAACCAAGACGUAAACGAAAAGAUAAAAUUGAAAAACAAGCUGGUGAAUCACCUGAUACAGUUGAGGAUGAAGUAGACAACAACAUGGCUGAGGGUGAUUUGGAGAUGGCAGAAAAAGAAAAUGAAGACUCUUCCAAUGUACUGGAGCCCGGAGACAAUACUUCAGCCACUCGAAAUAGGAAUAAGCGUAAGGCUGAAAAGGAGGCAAAGGAGGUCUCAUCAAAAGAGCCCAAACUGGAGAGAAAAAAUAGGAAAAGGAUAAAAAAAUCAGUAGAUGAUGAGGUGCUGGCCAUCUUUGGCGAUUCUGACGAUGAUGUCACUGAUUCCCAGUCAGCUGCUGAGCAGGCUGUUAGCUCAACAAAAGGUGUUGCAGAGGAGAACGGAAAGGAGACCGUGCCCAAAUCAGCCCAAUCUAGAGGACGUCUUCGGAAAUCGUUGCCAAACAUAGGCAAGAAAGGAGCAAAAAGGACCUCGAAAUCACCAGAAAAGAGCAAAGAUGAUGGCUUCACAGAAAACGUAGACUGUAAUGAUGAUCACAUCAUGGUCGAAGCUGAAGCAUCUGAUUUGGAAGGGAGGAAGGCAAAGAAGAUGAGAAGGGUCUUGUCUUCUGACGAGGAGUGCACAGCAGAAGAUCUUGAGGAGCAGCAUGACACCUCCACAGUACAGGAGGAAAUGCUCGACAAGCCCACCAGGUCAGGAAGGAUUCCCAAGCUCUCUAAGAGCCUGAAACAAGCUGAAGAAGACAACAAGGCAGUGUCUCCACCCACUUCUCCUCCAGCCCAGAAGGAGACCUCCUCAACAGAACACAGCAAAAGGCGGACUGGGAAGUCCAAGCCCAAUCUGCCUGCCACUAAUAGGAAAGGAUGUAUGAGCAACUCUAAACUGGUCAGCCUUCAGCCAUCCUCACCUGAGGUUAGCAAGGAUGAUUGUAACAAUGAGCAAGAGGAGGGUCUUUGCCCUACAAACCCAGAGGAAGAGACCCUGUUUCCUCUGUCUGAGCCUGCUGGCCUUUCCUCACCAGUGCCACUGCCCGAAGAGGUGCAGGAGACCAUGGAGGAGGACAUGAUUGGAACUUUUUCUCCGGAGCAGUUGGAUGGACUUGCAAAGAACACAGAGCGUGCAUGUGAGGCAGCUAGAACAUUGCUGUCCAUAAGUGACUCAGAACUUCCCCAAAUCGAAGAAGCACAAAAUACAGAAAAUCUCAGUGUUGCAGUGGAGUCUCCUUGCCAAGACUUACUGGAGGAGCCCAAGUCUUUUUCGUCUAGUCAAAUGGUCCAGUCACUGUGCAGCCCUGAAGCCCCUGAGUGUGUCGUUUCUGCCAUCCCUGACAUGGUGGCAUCAGAACCUAUUAAAGAAGUGAAUCCUACUGAAGAGUUCACAACAUCAGGAGAGUUAGAUCAAGAACCCUCAGAGACUGGUUCAUCUGCAAGGUUUAUUCUAAGUUGCAGAGAAUCAUUUGACAAGAUCUUGAGCGUGGAUCCUUUAGUCCAGAUUGCUCCCCAGGGAUGUCCUCCGACUGAAAGCCUUGAUUUACCUACAACAGGCGAUAUUCAUCCUGAAGGACACGAUGUGGUUUCUCAAAAGCCUACUGAAGACAAAAAUAUUGAAUUGUAUAAUACUGAAGCAGUCACCACAGAGCAAAGUGAAAAAGUGUCAGAGGAGCAGAACCGGAGCUCAGACAAACCUGCGAGAGGUGAAGUUUUUCUGGAUAUAGCAAAAGACUCGUACUCUUCUGUCGAGAGCAAUUGUCAAGGGAGGAGGCAGUUCCCAAAGCCCAACCUGGGCCAGGCUGUCCAAAACCAACAUACCUCCACAUCCCAAAGCAACGAUGCGCUAUCCACAUCAGUUCCUGUGAACCCAGUGCUCCAGAUACCUGUGAAUGAGGAAGAAAACAAUGCAGAGAAUGAUCAGCCUAUCACCCCAAAACUCAGUGAAAAACGGGAUGAGCAGAGUCUGAAACUCGACAAAACAUUAAGAGAGGCAGGCUUGCUGGAAGGGGUUGCAGACAUGGCCACAUCAGUCCAAAGUGUCCUUCCGAAGAAAGGUCUGGCUCUGGGAAGCCAGCAUAACCUGAGACAGACUGUGGAGGCAAUUUGUGUUACUGCUGCAGCUGCAGCAGCUGCUGCUGCUGCUGUUCCUGUGAGCACUGUGUCUGAAAAGCCUGCUGAAGAGGUCCAGCUAGACUCUGAGAAUGUCAUUAAGGAGACGAGCUCAGAGAGAAAUGAGGCAGAGGAGUCAGACAAGCAGACUCAUGGUGCACAGAGGGUUGAAGAUUCCUCAGAUUCAACUGUAGGCCCAGAUUCUGUGGACAGAACACCUGCCUCAAAACCAGUUCCUCAGGGAAGGCGGAGUCGGUUCCCCAAACCCAGACCCAACUUGAGCCGGGCUUCCAGAAUCCCGCCGGCUGUUGUGGCCCAAAGCACUGACAGCAGUGAAUUGAAAGAUACCAGUGAAGAUGGAGACUUAAAAACUGUACCACCUGUAGAUAAGAACAGGAUUCCUGGACUUGGACUUCUGGUUGAAGAAAAACAACAAGUCAGUAAUGUAAUCAGUGACUCAAUGGAAGAUCCCAAAAUCAGCCCUAAAUCACCUAGUGGAGGAGAAGAAACUGAAGGUCUGACAGAUGAGGCAAUGCAAGUAAUACAAGUCACGGGCAUGAGUUCAGGAAAGACUGAACAAGCUGUGGAGGAAGGGAUGGCAGAGGCAGCAAUGGACCUAGGGUCAUCUUGUGCAAAUGUUGCCAGUGGUCUUCCUGCUGAAACAGACCCUUACAGUAAUGCUACACAGGUGGCUGAAGGGAUGCCAGUGACAACAGGUUAUACAGAGUCAGAGCCAACGUUUGUCCUCACACUGUUCUCAGUCAAUGACGAGCCUUUUCCUCCUCCCCUGGAAUCCACGGAUCCACAGCCCGAGCUACUUGUGACUGAGUCUGAACCUCAAAGUUCCAAGGCACUGCUGGAUUCAACAGUGGAGGCUUGGCCAGAAGGCAGUGAGGUUUCCAACCUGUUCAUUAGUGACCCUUUUGUGCCUCUGUGUGAGGAUCAAGAAAGGGUCACAAAGCAGGACCAGAUGUCUGAAUGGUGCACUCCCUCUGAUCAGAAACACAGUACGGUGGAUCCGGAAGACUUAUCUGAAAAAAAACCUGCUGUUCUUGAAGUUGCAGAGCCACAUGUGAGUCAGGCUUUGUCAGUGGCUGAAUCUCAUGCAUCAGUGGUUACUGAUACAGAAGAGCAUACUUAUAGGAAGACACAACCACCAUUAUCCCCCAAAGGCAGGAAGAAGCCACCACCUCGAAGCAGGAAAGCAAAAUCCAUCACUAAGGGGAAACAGUCUGAGCCUAAAAAAGGUCAGGCCAAGCUUAAAGAGGAGGUGGAAAAAUUGGCCACAUGUCCACCUUCACCACCAACAGUCCAGUGUACAGCAAUUACCCCUACUGUUGAAGUCUUCUCAAAAGAGGAGACUAUGGCUGUUUCAUCAUCCAGUGAGCCGACAGAGGACACAAGGAACCAAUUGGACCCCUUCCCUGUAGAUAGAAAGGCAGAAGAUGGUGCACAAUGUGAAAGCGGAGGGGAGAAACAAUCAAUAGGCCCUCUCAGCCCACGCCACUCAUUGAGUGCUCCAUUGACAAGGUCUGGCCGAAAACCUAGAGGAUUUUUGUCCUUCAUGUCCAACAGUAGUGCUUCUGAGACCGCAUCUCCUCUGAGUAGCAGGUCUUUAUCCCGAAGACCCAAUGUGAACAUUUCACAUACAGUGAGGAACAGGACUUCAACAAACCCUGACCAGGCUUGCUCACUCCCCUCUACAACCAAAGAUGACUCUCCUCUUGCUAAUUCUGCAGAGGUACCAUCAAGUUCAGACCCUGGACAAAGCGAAUUACUCUGUGUCAGAACUACAGGUACUGACGAAGAGCCCUCAAAUGUGUCUGAAUUCUUCUUCGGUGAUAUCUUCACAGAGGUGGAGGACCCACUCUUGACAGCAGAGAAAUGAAGUUUCAGUACAUCAAUUUCAAGUGUCAUCAAGUCUGCCAAGAUGCAUGGUGUCAAGCUCUGUCUUUUUGACCCCACAAUCAUCUUUCUGUAGCACAAUACUUUGUCUGCACUAAUCAUGCAUUUGUUCAAAAUGACUUAUAAAUUUGUCCUUCAGCUUUACUUCUAAAAAUCCAGGCAAGCAGUAGGCUUGAUAAUGUCUCUUAAAAGCUCCCUGUUGUGUACUUCUAUUCACUGUACAAACACAAUUAUGUCAUUCCACUCAUAUGCAGAUCUUUAUUUUUUAAUGAUCUAUAAUAAUUUUGC